AUGAGCCAAGACGAUCAUCGUCAACGCCACGUCGGAGGAGAUUUCGACACGUCCCGGCUGAUCUCACAACCCGGCUUCUCUAUUUCCACGCUCUUCCUUUCUGCAUUCUUCACCGUCGGCCUCAGGGGUGGAGCUCACGGGAGGAGGCCGUGGCCCAGUUGGGGUGUCCUCUCCCUCCCAGAGAGUUUGGCUUUCGGCUUGCGCGAUUAAAACAAACUUCCUGGCUCCUGUGAGGCACGCAGGUUGUGGGUGAAAACCAAACAACAACAACAACAACCACAGAAACUUCUCAGUGGUCUUCUUGAAGCUCUCCACCAUCACCGUUGGUUGGAAAUAACGGAGCUUAGAAUUCGGCUAUCUGGAGAAGAAGACCGACCUCAGGGCCACCAGCAUCGGGAGAAGAUGGUCCUCUUGAAGAUCUCUUUCUUGAUCUUAUGCUCUCUGUCUCAAGCCACAGGUUGCUUCCGACUCAUCACCCCGGCCAAAUGGGGAGCGGAGGUGGCCAACUGCUCCGAACCGUUGAGGGACGCCCCUCCCGAGUACGUGGUCAUCAUCCACACGGCCGGCAAUCCUUGCCGGACUCACGCCGACUGCCGCAACGAGGUGAAGUCGAUCCAGAAGUACCACAUGAGGCUCAAAGGGUGGUGCGACAUUGCCUACAGCUUCCUGAUCGGUGAAGAUGGAUACGUGUACGAAGGCCGGGGUUGGCGCAAUGAAGGAUCCCACACCUACGGCUACAACGACCUCUCCCUGGGGAUUGCGUUUAUCGGCACUUUUGUGGAACGAUCCCCGGAGGAAAAAGCUUGGAAAGCUCUUAAGUGCUUUCUCGAUUUCGCGGUGAAAAUCGGCUACCUGUCGCCUGAAUAUCUAUUGUUGGCCCACAGCGAUGCCAGUAACCUGGUAUCUCCUGGAGAAUUUGUCCGCGCCGAGAUUGCCAAGUGGCCAAACUACAAGCACUCCCUUCGCAUUUUGAAUCGGGAUGGACAAUAA